UGUUCUCGCCGAUCGGUUGCAUGCAGCCGCAGGCGAUGUCGAACACACCUGUGUGAGUGUGCUCACCUGUGCGCAAGCUUGGGUUUGGAUCAUGGCUGCAGGGUGAUUAUGGGGAGAAACUUUCUGUUGACCGUACCACUGGCCUUACCACCUUUUUCCCAUCAAUGUGAUCGUUACUAACGUCCUUUAUUGAUGUCUCUGAGGUACCUAUGCACUGCUUAUGCAUCGCUCAAGAGGGUCGUCAAUCUGUUGGGGGAGGAUUCACACUCCAGUAACACACAGCAGUUGGAGAGCAUCAUACGGUCAGACCUUUCACUGAGCUAUUGAAGAAAAUGUUUCACAUGCUGAUCUUGUCCUGUUUGUGUGGUGGUGUGUUUGGUGAUUCAGUGUCAGUGAUGGAGGGAGAUUCUGUCACUCUAAAGACUGAUCUUACUGAAAUACAUGAAGAUGAAGAUGUAAUGUGGAAAUAUGGAGCUGAAAACUCUCGCAUAGCUAAAAUCAGCAGACAAAACUUCACCACAUAUGAUGAUGUUCCUGAUGGGAGAUUUAGAGACAGACUGAAGCUGGACGAUCAAACUGGAUCUCUGACCAUCACACACACCACAACUGAACACACUGGAGUUUAUACACUAGAGAUAACUGGAAAGAAAAAAUCAUCAAAAACAUUCAAUGUUUCUGUCUAUGCUCGUCUGCCUGUUCCUGUUAUCAGCAGAGACUGCUCACCUUCAUCAUCAUCAUCAUCAAAUUGUUCAGUGGUGUGUUCAUCAUCAGUGUUGAGUGUGUGUGAUGCGACUCUGUCCUGGUACGCAGGAAUGAGUGUAUUGUCCAGCAUCAGUGUGUGUGAUCUCAGCAUCAGUCUCUCUCUACCUCUGGAGGUGGAAUAUCAGGAUAAAAACACCUACAGCUGUGUGCUGAACAAUCCCAUCAGCAACCAGACCACACAUCUGGACAUCAACACACUCUGCAGACACACAUGUGCAGCGGACACACACUCUUCUUCACUCUCUCUAGUGUCUCUGAUAGUGUUGAUCUCGGCUGGAUCUCUGAUGAUUAUUGUUGUGGUCGUGAUCUUCCGCAUCUGCAGGAAACACAGAAAAACAACCCAAAAAUCAGUUCAGACAUGUGAAGAUGAGAUCAUUUACACCGAGCCAACGUUCCAUGGACAAAAAUCCCAGAAAUCGAAUGUUAAAGAAGAGGAUCACACAGAGUACGCACCAGUCGCCAUGAGAAGACAAGAUCCAGCUGUGUGACGCAUUCCAGCCCAUUCU